AUGUCACCAAGCAUGAGCAACGGCAUUCCGGACGAGGCCAAAGACAACUCAAAGCCAGCCACACCAUCACACAUGUCACAGUCAGAACUCGAGCGCAUAAUCCAAUGGAACAAAGAAGACCCAGAGAUAAUCGACGACUGCCACCACAGGCUCUUCGAGCGCCAGGCCCAGCAGCAGCCAGACGCCCCAGCAGUGGCAGCGUGGGACGUCGACCUCAGCUACGCCGAGCUCGACAGGGCCGCGGACCGGCUGGCGCACCACCUGGCCGGCGGGGACUGCGGCGUGGCGCCGGGGUCGAUCGUGCACACGUGCUUCGAGAAGUCGGGCUGGCACGUCGUCGCCGUCCUGGCCAUCAACAAGGCCGGCGCCGCCUGGGCCCCGCUCGACCCGUCGCACCCGGCCCAGCGCAAGCGCCAGAUCGUCGGGCAGACGGGCGCGACGCUCGCCCUCGCGUCGCCCGCCAACAGCGAGGCAUGCCGGGAGCUGGGGCUCAAGGUCGUCGAGGUCUCGCCCGGGCUCGAUGCGCAGCUGGCGGCUGAGGAGAGAGGCGAUUCUGAAGCCCAAGGAGCGCCUCCUCCGUCCGGAAGCGCCGCCUCGGCCCGCGACGCCGCCUACGUCCUGUUCACGUCCGGCUCUACGGGGACGCCCAAGGGCAUCGUGAUGGAGCACGGCGCCCUCUGCACCAGCCAGGCGGCCAUCGGAAGGCGGCUGGGCCUCGCGCCGGGCGUGCGCGUGCUGCAGUUCGCGUCGUACGUCUUCGACGUGUCGGUCGGCGAGAUGGUGGCGCCGCUCAUCGCGGGCGCCUGCGUGUGCGUGCCGGACGAGGCCACCCGGAUGAGCCCGCGCGGGUUAGCGGAUUUUGUGCGGCAGAAAGCGGUGACGUGGGCCUUUCUCACGCCGUCGCUCGCCGCCACGCUCGACCCGGCGGACUUCUCGGGUCUGGAGAUGCUGAUGCUGAUGGGGGAGGCCGUUGGCCGCGGCGUCUUGGAGCUGUGGUUUGGCAAGGUUCCCCGGCUUGUAAACGGCUGGGGGCCGACAGAAACCUGUGUAUUCAGCGCGUUCCACGAGUGGAAAUUUGUAGAGGAGCAUCCGGCCAAGAUCGGCUUCCCCGUUGCUUGCCGCUGCUGGGUCGUCGAUGCUGAGGACUCUCAGAAGCUCUUACCGAUAGGGAGCACGGGAGAACUCGUUGUCCAGGGCCCAACGCUGCUGCGGGAGUAUCUAGGUGAUGCCGAACUGACCAGGGCCGCUGUUGUCACCUCAGUGCCUCGCUGGGCUCCGCGGCACGACGUGGAGCACUGGGAUAGGUUCUACCGAACUGGUGAUCUCGCAUAUCACGACACAGACGGUGGCCUGGUCUACCAGGGCCGAAAGGACGCGCAGGUCAAGCUGAGGGGCCUGCGUGUUGAGCUUGGCGAGAUCGAGUCCCAGAUCAGGAGCAGGUUGGCCGGCGGUGGUGUCCAGCACGUUGCCGUGGACGUCAUCCGCCGCGAGGGCGGCAGCCAGGUGCUUGUGGCCUUUCUUGGCCGUGAAAGCCGCGAGGAUGAAGAAGAAGACGCCCUGGAAAGCAAUGGAGACAAGGCCCUGGGCAUCUUUCGGCCGGGCCCUUUGGCUUCUGCGGCCUUGAUAGAGCUGACAGAUUAUUUGAGCACCGUGUUGCCAGACUACAUGGUCCCCCAUUUCCUCCUCCACCUCCGCCGCAUGCCCUUCUCCCUGUCGAUGAAGCUCGAUAGAAAGGCCCUGCGCGCCGCCGCCCAGGAGAUGUCCGCAGACAAGCUGGCCGAGGUUGCGCUGGUUGAGGGCAACCGCGCGACACCACAACAACCCAUCAACGACGACGACGGCGCGGAGUCAGAUCUGAGUGGCGGGUACAAAUACUUGAGAGACGCGUGGAGCCGGCUUCUGAAGAUAAACAAGAAGUAUCUGCACAGCUCGAGCCACUUCCUGAGCCUCGGAGGGGACUCGAUCGUCGCCAUCCGCCUGGCCGAUGCAAUGCGUUCCCACGACCUGGAGCUCCCAGUAUCGUUGAUCUUUCAGCACCCUCAACUCUCGGACAUGGCCCGCCAGGUGCGCCAUGCACACGAGCAAGAAGAACCCGCGCCAGAGCCCUUCUCGCUCCUUGUGAAGAAGUGCAGCCGCUCUCUGAUCGACACCGUGUGUACCGACUGCGGUAUCCCGGAGGACAGCAUCCAGGACAUCUACCCCUGCACGCCACUCCAGGUCGGCAUCAUGACGGUCUUUGCCAGGCAGCCCACGUGCUAUGUCAUCAACUAUGCCUACUCGCUGCCGCACACGGUGGACCUGGCCAGAUUCAGGGCGGCGUGGGCCAUGGUCUACUCGGCACUUGCAAUCCUGCGCACGAGGAUCACCCUGGGCGACGACGGCGAGUACCUGCAGGUAGUCGUCAAGGAGGAGCUCUCCUGGACACAGCCCCCGGCAGCCGGCGAGUGGACCAGGGGCGUCUCGGGCAUCGCAGCCCACGGUAUGGGGCUGGGAACGCCUCUCGUGGCCUUUGGACUGACGCCGCGCCAUGACGACAGCAAUACCGGCCACGACUUCUCGCUAACCAUCCACCACGCUGUUUACGACGGGUGGUCGCUGACCGGCACCAUCAGGCUCGUCGAGCACGUCUACGCUACUGGAAAAAUCCCGCCAGACAUCCCGAGCUACAACAGCUUCGUCAGGUUUGUGCUGGACAAGAAUAAUCCGGGCUGCGCGGACUACUGGCGGCGCAUGCUCGCCUCGGCCCCCGAGCCGUCCUUCCCGACUUUUCCCGGGAAGACCUACCAGGCACUCGACGACAGCGUCACCACAGGGGCGAUUCAGGUCCCAAAGAACAAGGACGUUUCCUCCGGAGGGGUCACCACACGCGCGACCCUCUGCCAGGUCGCCUGGGGAUUACUGCUCGCCAAGUAUGAGAACGGCGACGACGUCGUGUUCGGGUGCACGCUCAGCGGCAGGAACGCAGACGUGCGCGGCAUCGGCGACAUGCACGGCCCCACGCUGGCCACGGUCCCCAUCCGGCUGGCCUUCGACCGGGACCAGCCCGUCGUGUCGCUGCUGCAGGCGGCGCAGAAGAGGCACAGCGAGGCCAUGGAGCACGAGCAGUACGGGCUGGCCAACAUCUCGCGCCUCGGGCCCGACGAGCGCCGUGCUUGUGGCUACCGCACGACGCUGAUCAUCCAGACGCCCGAGUUCGAGGCGCUGCAGAGCUCUGAGGAGACGGCAGUGAUGAGGUUGGAGUCGUCGUCGGCGACGUUGCAUGGUGCGCCGCUGACUGUCACCGUCCGUAUCGGGCGGGUCAGCGACGAGAUCACCGCUCGGUAUGACUCCCGCCUGCUCAGCGAGGCCCAGGUUUCUCGGCUGCUGGAGCAGUACUCUCACGUCCUGUCUAUUCUGUCUGGUGUUGGUCCAUGCGCGGAAACGAAGAUAUCCGAUCUUGACUUCUGCAGCCCUAGCGACUGGACGCGGAUCCUGAAGAUCAACCCGCGCCUGCCCGACCGGCUCGACCUCUGCAUCCACGACCUUUUCAGGACCGCGGCGAAGAAACACGCCGUCCGGCGCGCGCUGCAGGCAUGGGACGGGGCCAUGACGUACGAGCAGCUCGACCGACUGUCAGACCGGCUGGGCCGACAUCUGGCGCGGCUCGGGGUGGGCCCUGAGACCUUGGUGCCGCUGUGCUUCGACAAGAGCAAGUGGGCAAUCGUGGCCAUGCUCGGCGUCCUCAAGGCUGGGGGCGCCUACGUUCCGCUGGACCCGGGCCACCCGGACGCCCGCCUGGGCAUGAUCUUGGAGGACCUUGAUGCGAAGAUUGCUGUCACCUCUGUCCCUUACUCCGGCAGGCUAGCGUUCGCAGAGGGCUUGACGGCCGUUGCCCUUGAGGAGACCACACUCGAGUCCUUUGAUGACAGUGCUUCUUCCUCAGGCACGAACGGCAGCCCGAGCCCGACCAGCUCUGUCAAGCCCCACAACGCCGCCUAUGACGCGCAGAGACGCCGCAACGAGGAGUCCCGGGUGCUGCAGUUUGCCUCCUUCGGCUUCGACCCGAGCAUCGAGGACAUCUUGACGACGCUCCUGUACGGCGGGUGCGUGUGUGUGCCGUCCAACAGCGACAGGCAGGGCGACAUCGGGCUGUAUAUCCGGCAGAACGCGUGCGAUUUUGCCAACCUGACCCCGUCCUUUGCGGCGACCAUCAGCCCCGCUGAGGUCCCCAGCCUGAAGAUAUUGAUGACCUCGGGCGAGCCCAUGACGGACGACUUUGUGCGGGCGUGGGCGCCCCACGUCACGCUGAUGAACGGCUAUGGCCCUACCGAGACCAGCCUGAAGUGCUCAAUCAACACGGGCGUCAAGGCUGGAGAGAGCCCAAGGAAUAUCGGAUUCCCCAUGUGUGCGAAUCUGUGGGUUCUUGACCCAUCUGACCCAGAGAGGCUGGCUCCUAUGGGAGCACCCGGCGAGCUGAUGGUCGAGGGACCCUGCAUAGCCAGGGGCUAUCUGCGUCCGGGCUCCGCGGCCGCAGCCAACGGCUUCUGCGAGCCCCCGGGGUGGCUCAGGGCCCUGAGGAAGGGGGAUGGUGUCCCCUCCACCCGCCUGUUUAGGACGGGCGAUCUUGUGCGCUACGCAUCCGACGGGUCCAUCGACUACAUCGGCAGGCGGGACUUCCAGGUCAAGAUCAACGGCCAGCGCACCGAGCUCGGCGAGAUCGAGGCCCAGAUCCGCCGCCUCCUGCCCGAGUCGUUCCGGCUGACGGUGCAGAUGGCCCCGACGCCCAGGCAGCCCGACGGCGUGCUCACCGCUUGCGUCGCUGAGAGGGCUGCUAUACGAACUGGAGGGCCUGGCAGCGACCCAGUUAGUGUUACGGAUUUCUCACGGCCGUCGCCGGCUGCUGCUGCUGAUGCUGGGAGGUGGUGGGAUGAUGAGAAGUCAUCGGCGGCCAGCCUGCGGGAAAGGUUGUCCCGGGUGCUCCCAGCCUACAUGAUCCCAAGGGCCUUCUUCGCAUUCGACCCCCUGCCGCUGAACAUCAACGGCAAGGUGAAUGCGCGCGAGAUCCUGGCCCUCCUCUCCCGUGAGCGUGUCGAGAACGAGAACAACGAGAUCGAGGAAAACCAUGUCGUCCCAGAAGAUCUGACUGACGGCGAGAGAUUACUCCUCGAUCUAUGGGAGAAGAGCAUCCGCGCCGACCUGGCACAUGCCGGUCCGAGUUCCAACUUUUUCGACCUCGGGGGCGAUUCCCUGGCCGCCCUUCGCUUGGCCGCCUUCGCCCGGCGCCAGGGCCUCGUGCUCCCCGUUGCCACGAUCCACGAGAACCCCACGCUCAAGGGCAUGGCGCUCCUGGCAACAGCAGCCUCAUCCUCCCUAGAGUCCCCGCCGUACCUUCCGUUCACCCUCAUCUCGCACCUGGGAGACCCAGUCGAGGUCGUCAGAGAGUGCGGCGAGAGGUGCGGCGUCGACACGGGCAGCAUCGAGGAUGUGUAUCCCUGCACGCCGUACCAGGAGCACUUCAUGGUGCAUGCCAUCUGGUACCCCGGCCAGUGCGUCUUUCAGGGAGUCUUCCCGCUGAGCGCGGACGUCGACCUCGACAGAUUCCGCCGCGCCGUCGAGGUCGUCGUCCAGUCGCACCACUCCCUGCGCGCAAGGAUGACACUUGUCAACGGGACCUGGCUGCAGGUUGUCGUCAAGAAGCCCAAGCCCGUCGAGUGGAAGCCCACCCGUAGCCUGCAGCAGGUGUGGCGCGACCACACGGCGGCGACCAUGAUGGAUGGCGACGAGCUGAACCUCUUUGCUGUCGUCGAGGACAAGGACAGCAGGUCCAGGGCCCAGUUCGUCUGGACCACCAACCACGCCAUCUCGGACGGCUGGUCCCUGUCCGCCCUCGUCCACCAGAUCAAUACGGCAUACGCGGCCGGGACAAGCACCCUCGAGCAGGAGAGCACCUUCGGCGACUUCAUCCGCCACGCAAUCAUGCAGUCCGACGCUGUCGCCCGCCAGGCGUUCUGGGAGGACCACUUCCGCGGCAACGAGUCCAGGCCGCUCUGCCCGUCCGUCGACUCGCCCCUGGUCGACUUCGUCUGGCACCGCGAGUUCUCGCCGCCCGCGCCACGGCCGGACAACCCCUUACCCGUCUCCAUGUCGACCGCCAUCCUCGCCGCCUGGGGCCUGGUGGUCGGCCACGAGACGGGCUCCCCGGACGCCGUGCUGUCGCUGCUCCAGCUGGGCCGCGACGCGCCCCUCGCGGGCGUCGAGGACAUGGUCGGCCUGCUGGCGACGGCGUUCCCCUUCCGCAUCACCACCAGCACUGGCACGACGGCGCGCGCCUUCCUCCUCGCCACGCAGGCCCGCCUCAACGCCGCCCGCCACCACCAGUACACCCACACCGACUUCGUGGCGUCCCGGUGCGGCGACGGCGCGGCCAGGGUCCCGGCCACCCAGACGCGCUGCGUCGUGCACCCGGCCGAGUUCCGCGGCGCGCCGCCCGGGCCGCGGGACGCGGUGCAGACCCGCACGCACCGCGUCGCCGUCAAGGGCGAGUGCGUCGAGGUCUCGCUGAGCUUCAGCUACAGCGACAAGAGCAACGUCGUCGGCAUGGACCUCAGCUUCGACAGCCGCGCGGUGGGCCGGGCAAAGGCGAGGCGGCUCAUGGAGGGGUUUGAGACGGCGCUUGUGCAGCUUGUCGGGGCGCCGGCCGGGCUGUGUGUUGGGGAUCUUUUGUGGGAGCCUUCGCGGGCCGUGCGGGAUAAUGGGAUUGCGGAGACGGAUCUUUCCCGUGGGCCGGAUUGGGCGCCUUAUCCUGAGGAGUGA